UUGAGUGACUCGCCGGUAAGCGUAAAGCUCGGUUGACGAGCAGUGAGCACUCACUCCACAUCUCGACGUCGAUCUGAGGAGAAUCAUAACCGUCACUUUCUUUUUGUUUUUACUGUCAGUUUUUAAAUUAAAACUAUCUCAUAAUCAUCAGAACAGUAUGCAUUUGAUAUCCUUAUUACUGUGAGUCGCUUUAAGGGAUGAAAAAAGCGAGGAAGCGACUGUCGGUGAGCGGAUCUCAAGCGUCUGUCAGGAAACAUGAAGAACAGUUACCCUGGAAGAAACAGAAGCUCCUGGACAUCCAUCAGGCCCUGAACAGUGACCCUGUGGACAUCGAGACCCUGCGGCGGGCGGCUGUGAGCGAAGGAGGUUUGCUGACGGAUGACAUCAGAAGAAAAGUUUGGCCCAAACUCCUCAGUAUCAAUGUGUACAGUCUGCCUGCCAAACCCUCCAAAGAUGACCGAGAAGACCACAAAGACUACAGACAGGUGGUGCUCGAUGUCAGGAGAUCAAUGCGACGCUUCCCGAAAGGCAUGCGUGUGGAUGAGAGAGAGGUUCUCCAGGAGCAGCUGAUUGACAUCAUCCUGGAUGUUUUGAGGAGAAAUCCUCAGCUGCACUAUUAUCAGGGAUAUCAUGACAUCGUGGUGACCUUCCUGCUGGUGGUGGGAGAGAAGAUGACCAUAGCAAUCAUGGAGAAACUGUCCAAUCAUCAUCUCAGGGAUUUCAUGGACCCCACCAUGGACAGCACAAAGCACGUCCUGAACUAUCUGAUGCCCAUUCUGGAGCGCGUGGACCGAGAGUUACACGACUUCAUGAUCAGGUCUGAGGUGGGCACUAUCUUCGCCUUGAGCUGGCUGAUCACAUGGUACGGUUACGUCCUGUCAGAUUUCCGGCAUGUUCUGCGGCUCUAUGAUUUCUUCCUGGCGUCUCACCCACUGAUGGCCAUCUACUUCGCCGCUGUGAUUGUGCUGUACAGACAGAAGGAAGUGAAGAGCAGCGAGUGUGAUAUGGCCAGCGUUCAUCACCUGCUGUCUCAGAUGCCUCAGGAUCUGCCGUACGAGGAUCUGAUUGGUCGAGCUCAGAGGCUGUUCAUGAGCUGCCCCCCCUCUCUGCUGACCCAGUCUGCAGCGCUUCAACCACGCAACAUAAGGAAACGAUUCCUCCGGCAUUCAGCGGGAACUGAAUUCGAGUCCCUCCGUGCUGAAAAAGCCAUCAGAGGAGAGAUCUGUCUUGUUUAAGAUCUCCCCGCGUCUGCUGUCGCCUAUGAAGAUUAAGAGCGAGAGAGAGACACAAAUGAGAAAAAGGAAGUGACAGAACUGAGGAUGAGGGGCAGCGAGAGAGACGGCAAUGAGAGAGAGACCUGUACAAAGACAGAAACGCUAUAGUGAGAGAGAAAGAGCAACAAACACAGACAGAGAGUGCAAGAAUGACUCCGUAUGCAAAUCAGGCCUGCAAUAAGGAAGCUCCGCCUCAAUGGGUUAUUAAAGCUCUGCCCUGAUUUGCAUAACCCCUCCCCCACCAGCAUCUGUGUCCUCACUGAAAGCAAAGAACAUACGUGUGUGUGUGUGUGUAUGAGUGAAAUGAGCAGCCUCUCUUGAGGCCGUGACCCGUGACCUUGAUCUCUAUUGUUCUGUUUGACCCUGUGGAGUGCUGUAAUGAGGAGUGACACGUACUCCCUAAUGGCUUUGACCCCCAAAUGUUCUUCAUUAAAACCCCCUGCACACCCCUCAAGCUAACACCCGGCCCUCCGCACGCAUCUGACUUCAUAAACGCAGCAACAUUAUAUUAUCACCGAGACUGAUGCUCUGAUCUCAGCGUUUGGGGUUUGUUAGCGCUGCCUGUUGCCCGUUUGAUUAGAUCUGGUGUGUUCAGGAAAGAAAAUACUGGAGGAGAACUAACAAGCAUCCGUGUCUUUUGUUGGAUGCUGAGAGUUUGUAGACCGAGGGUGUUUGUUUGUAUGCAGAUUGUGUGCUGUAAUUGUAGCUUUGUGUCUCACAGUUGCAUCUGUGUUUUGUAAUUGCGACUAUGUAUCUCACAAUUCUGAUUUUAUAUCUCCCAACUGCAUCUACUGUAUUUUUCAUAACUGUAGCUUUAU